AUGGCCCCGCCCCGCCGCCUCCUCGUCCUUUUCGGCAGCCAAUCGGGGACGGCCGAGGACCUGGCCCAGCGAAUCGGGCGCCAGGCGGCACGGCGCCGCUUCCGGGUCCGAGUCAGCGCCUUGGACGACUAUCCGGUGGCCAAGCUGAUCGAGGAGCCGUUGGCGAUUUUCGUCUGCGCCACCACGGGGCAGGGAGACCCGCCGGAUAACAUGAAGAAUUUCUGGCGCUUCCUCUUCCGGAAAAAGCUGCCUGCGACUUCUCUCUCCCGCUUGGAUUACGGCGUGGUGGGGCUGGGCGAUUCCGCGUACCCCAAGUUCAAUUUUGUGGCCAAAAAACUGCACAAGCGUCUUGUCCAGUUGGGCGGCUGCCCGCUGCUCCCGCCCGCCUUGGGGGACGACCAGCACGACUUGGGGCCGGACGCCGCAGUGGAUCCCUGGCUAGCGGAUCUCUGGGAGAAGAUCCUGGCUUUGUAUCCUCUUCCUGCUGGCCUGGAUAUCCUGAGUCCGGAUGUUGUCUUGCCCUCCCGCUUCACCUUCCGUUUCCUGGACGACGACGGCGACCAAUCGGAGCCCCCCGAACCCGAGCCGGGUCCCCCGUGCGAGGCCCGCCCCUUCCUGGCCCGGGUGCUGACCAAUCAGAGGGUGACGUCCCAGUCGCACUUCCAGGACGUCCGGCUGAUCGAGCUGGACGUGGCCGGAUCCGGGAUCCAGGCCGCCGCCGGCGACGUCGCCAUGGUCGCCCCUAGCAACGCCCCGGAAGACGUCGCCCUCUUCUGCCGCCUCCUGAACCUGGAUCCAGAACGGCGCUUUGUGGUCCAGCCGGCCGAGGAAGGCGCCGCGCUACCAUUCCCGCUGCCCCAGCCCUGCACCCUGGGGCGCCUGGUGGAGCAGCACCUGGACCUCGCUAGAACUCCCAGGCGCUCCUUCUUCGAACUCGCCGCCCAGCUCUCGCCCGACGCCCGGGAGCGGGAGAAGCUGGCCGAGUUCGCCUCGGCGCCCGGUCAGGAGGAGCUGUACGCCUACUGCCACCGGGUGCGGCGCACGACGCUGGAGGUCCUGCGCGACUUCCCCCGGACGGCCUCCGCCCUGCCCUGCCGCCUCCUCCUGGACCUCCUCCCUCGCACCCGCGCCCGGUCCUUCUCCCUGGCCUCCUCCCCUCUGGCGCUGCCCGGCCGCAUCCAGAUCCUGGUGGCCGUCGUGCGCUACCGGACGCGCCUGGCCAAGCCCCGGACCGGGCUCUGCUCCAAUUGGCUGGCCUCCCUCGACCCGGCGCAGGGCGCCGCCCACGUCCCCCUCUGGGUGAAGAAGGGGGCGCUACGGUUCCCGACGGACCCCGAGACGCCCGUGGUGAUGGUGGCGCCCGGCACCGGGGUGGCGCCCUUCCGCGCCGCCCUCCAGGAACGCGUAGCGCAGGGGAGGAGAGGCAACUUCCUGUUCUUCGGCUGCCGCCACCAAUCCCACGACUUCUACUUCCAGGACGAGUGGGCGGAGCUUAGCGCCCGGGGCUUCCUGUCCGUCUUCCCGGCCUUUUCCCGCGAUCAGGACGAGAAGGUUUACGUCCAGCACCGAAUACUAGAAAACCAGGCGCUGGUUUGGGAUCUGGUGCAGCGCGGCGCCUGGAUCUACUUGGCCGGGAGCGCCAAGGAGGUUCCCGACGCCGUGGCCGCCGCCCUGCGCGCCGUGUUCCAGUCCCAAGGCGCCAUGACGGCAACCGAGGCGGCCGACUUCCUGGCGGCGCUGGAACGCGCCGGGCGCUUCCAAUCCGAGACCUGGUCCUGAGCCGGGCGCUGCUGGGAAACGUAGUUCCGGCCGGUAGGAUUCCCAGAAUCCCCUGGGCGCUACAGUUCCCAGAAUCUUCUGGGCGCUACGGUUCCCGACGCCUAGUGCUGGAAAUAAAUGGUGUUUGGCACUACGUUUCCCAGAAUUCUCUGGGCGCUACGGUUCCCAGAAUCCCCUGGGCGCUACGGUUCCCAUAAACCCCUGGGCGCUACGGUUCCCAGCGCCUAGUACUGGAAAUAAAUGGUGUUUGGCGCUACGGUUCCCAGAAUCCCCUGGGCGCUGCGGUUCCCAGAAUCCUCUGGGGCGCUAUGGUUUCCGGCGCCUAGUACUGGAAAUAAAUGGUGUUUGGCGCUACGUUUCCCAGAAUGCUCUGUGCGCUACGUUUCCCAGAAUUCUCUGGGCGCUACGGUUCCCAGAAUCCUCUGUGCGCUACGGUUCCCACAAACCUCUGGGUGCUACAGUUCCCAGAAUCCUUUGGGGUGCUAUGGUUCCCGGCGCCUAGUACUGGAAAUAAAUGGUGUUUGGCACUACGUUUCCCAGAAUCCUCUGUGCGCUACGGUUCCCAGAAUCUUCUGGGCGCUACAGUUCCCAGAAUCCUCUGUGUGCUACGGUUCCCAGAAUCCUCUGGUGUGCUGUGGUUCCCGGCGCCUAGUACUGGAAAUAAAUGGUGUUUGGCGCUAC